AUGAUGAGUCAGGAACUCUUCUUUUAUCUCCGCCGGUCAGUUCUCCAAUUCCUCAAGGUGAUUCACUCCUCAGGGUCGGGGUUCAAGCUCCAGAGGCUGUCCCGAGGGGGAAAGGGGGUGAUCCACCGCCGCCCUCUCGUUGCUCCAAUCGCGCCACCCGAUUAUUCCCGUCACGGCACCAGGCGGGCCUCCGACCGGCCUCAACGGCGCGGCCCGGCGACUUCCUUCUCUCCCGCCCGAGAAACUUUGCCACUCGCUCACUCCACCUCCGCCUCCUCCCGGCGACUGACCGAGAAAUUCCAAACUUUCCACCAAAAUGGCGGCCGGCACCGGGAAUCUCUCCCACGUGACCCGAGCGCCGUCCAAUCGGGAGUGAACGGAGAGGGAGUGGGGGGGGUAGGGAGAGCUCCGACGGAAGGACGUGGAGAUCCUGUCAGUGCCGGCGGUUCGGCCCCAGCGCUGGCCCGUGUCCUCCCGUCCCGGAAAGAAAAGUUGCGAUCCAAGACACGUCGGGUGCUGGAAAUGCGGCUGCGAGUGCUCACAACACCGGGCAGGGUAAAUUCAGAUAUUCGUGGAUCGGAAUGUUGGCUGCGUUUCUCUUUAAUAGUGACUGCGUGCGGGAAGUGUUACUACUCCGCCUACGCUCAGCACCUGAACCCAUAUCGACGUGGUUGGAACGGCCUUGAUCCCUCUCCACACUGUAACCUGACGCUCCUAUUUUCACUGCAGUCUGGUCAGGAUUGAAAAUCGAUCUCCUGACAGCUGGAAAUGACGGAACAGGGCGAGACAUCCAGAUUUCUAAUAGCGUCGGAGACCAGAUGGCGGCGAUUGUAACUUCUACAUUUAAAACGUCCACUUCCAUGAAAAUCAUAUGCUUAAAUUGUAACAAUGUUUUCUAGAGAAUGUUGGUUAUAUCCUCUCUAAUUUGAGACACCCUGGCAAAAGAACAAUUCAAAACCUUGCUCUCAGCUAUCCUAACCUAAAUAAAAAUAUAAUGAGGUUACAACUAAGCCGGAACUCUUGUUGUUCAAAAUUGAAUGAACGCAGGUAAGCUUUAGGUUAUGAGUUGCCUGAAGCUAUUUUUUCCCAUUUCGAAUAAGCAAUACUUAAAAUUCAUGUAAUCUAGGAAAUUAGAAAGUUAAAUAUAAUUAAAAGCAUAAGCAAUUUUAAUUAGUAACAAAUGCAAUUGGGGAAUGUGAGAGCAGCAGGGAGAGGUUUAAAGAAAAAAGCAUACUGGCGGUUGUUUUCCAGUCAGUUAUAUUUUCCGUAUGUUAGAUAUUUGGCAAACAGGAAUGGUUGAGAAAAGUUAAUUUUAUAGGUGAAUCUGUGGAACUAUCUCUGCUCUUUGGCGUUAUCAGUUCAGAGGAUCUGUCCUGGGGCCAGCACGCAAGUACCUUUACAAAGACGACGCGGUAGCGCCUUUACCGUCUUUGAAGUUUGCACGGGUCCUGAAUGUCACCCAAAGCUUUGACAAACUUUUAACAGAUGCACAGCGGAGAAUAUACUGACUGGCUGCAUCACGGCCUGAUUUGGAAACACCAAAGCCCGUGAACGGAAAAGUCUAUAAAAAGUAGUGAAUAGAGCCCAGCUCUCCCACCAUUGAACACAUCUGCCGGGAGCGCGGCCGCUUAAAUGCAGCAUCCGGCAUUAAGGACCCCCACCAAACAGGCCAUGGUCUCUUUUUGCUGCUGCCAUUGGGAAUGAGGAACAGGAGCCUUACGUUCCAUGCCACCGGAAUCAGGAACAGGUAUUACCUUUCAAUCAUCAAGCUCCUGAGCCAUCGUGGAUAACUUCACUCUCCUGGGCACUGAACUGAUUGCACAACCUAUGGACUCACUUUCAAGGACUCUACAACUCUUGCUUUCAAUAUUAUGUAUUAUUAUUUUUUCUAGUAGUGUUUGCACUUCUUGUCUUCUUUUGCACACUGAUGUUUUGUCCAUUUGGUAAAUUAUUUUUCAUUAAUUCCGUUGUAUUUCUUUGCAUUUACUGUGAAUGCCCACAAGAAAAUGAAUCUGUCAGGUUUCCAAAUCAUGACAAAUCAUGCAUACUUCGAUAGUAAGUUUACUUUGAACUUUAUUCAGGUUUUGAACUGAGUGUGGUAGAGGCCGGAGUAUUAGAUACUUUAAGGUCUUUAAAAGAUAGAGGAAAUGAGGAUGAUGGGGAACUGGUGCAGAAGGGGAGAUGAGACAGCAAUAAACAACCAAUUGCAUAUUAAUUGACUUGAGGGACCUGGCAACUACCUUCUGCUCCUACUCUCCCACCCCCUACUUUCUUAUGCUUUUGGCAGGCAAGUGAUAGAAUCUGCAGUCUGGCUGAUUUGGGGAUAAUAAAGUACAGGGUUUAUAUAAAUGGUGGGUGAUUGUGUAGUCUCAGUGCGGCAAAGAACCUGCCUCUGAGCUGUAUGAUUAUGACUGUGUUCUAGUUUAUUCUCCCGAUCUAUUAGGGUAGAAAUGCCACUUGCAACAAGGCUUACUUGAGGAAUGGAAGAAGAACUGGGAUUUAGAUAAUUCUAUUCUGAUCGCAGCCCAGAGAAUAAUACUUAAACUUUCAGUAAUGAUCUAGUAGAUUUAAUCGGAAGUGAUAUUUCUUACAUUUGGGUGGCAGGGUGGAAAUACGUCUCUGUCACAGGAGGUGUAAGGCACUCCUUCCUUCCACCAGCCUAUAGGUUACUCUUGGGACAGGUGUAACUCCUGCUUAGCCCCCCCCCCCCCCGCCCCCACUGAUCAGGGUCAUGUGAAGCCACAGGAGCAGAAGGUGGAUGGUCGUAUGUGCCGCUGGUACAUAUCACAGUUCCUGGUUUUUCAACCAUUGACACCAGCAGACAAUCUCUGAACUGUAUUGAGGUCACCCGUCACCCGUCACCCGUCCCCCGUCACCCGUCCUGUAAAGACACCGCCCAGAGAAGGCAAUGGCAAACCACUUCUGCAGAAAAAGAACUGCCAAGUGCAAUCAUGGUCAUGGAAAACCACGACUGCCCACAUCAUGAGACACAGCACAGAACAAACACACAAUUUAUUUGCAUAUUGAUGAUAAUACACUGUGGUAGCUAACCCACCAAUAGCAACAAAAUCACCAUAAUCAGAUGCAAGCACAACUGAAUUACAGUAAAUAAAUACCUAAAACUGAUUUAAUAACCUAUCUCAUUGUGAUAAAAUUAAAAGAGAAAUUCAGGAAAUCAAAAAUAUUAGCAUAGAUUUCGUCACGGUUACAAACUAAUAGUGUUCACCUUUCUCUACCUAACAGAUUAGAAACUGUUCAGUAGCAAAUAUUAUUAGCAAUUGUGGACACAUUGUUCAUCAAAAAAAAUUCAAAAAAUCAGCAGAAGAACAAGAAGCCUUACAAAUCAUAUCUAUAUAUUUUUUUGCCCUACAGAGGGUACAUUUGCACUGGAUUAUGUGGUUAGCUGAUAUUAUCUUCUCCUGUUUCCAUCAGGAUUGUAUUCACAACAUGUUCUUUAUAGCUUCUUCAACUGUCUGUUUGAAUAAUGUAUCUAACAUAAAGAAAAUAUGCAGUGUCUUAAAGUUAGUUUGUUUUUGUACUAAGUGUAUAAUUGUA